UUUUGAUUCAUCCAGGCGGAACGAGAUGGAAUUGGAACGAGAUUGGACCAGGUCGAAUCGUAGUGAACCUAGUGAGAUAGUGACUAUUGACACUCUAAGGUUAGCUACUAUAUCAACAAACUUGACAUCCGUCAAUAGUAUUACAUUUCUGUAAUUUGAUUCAGGUUUUCAAUAAACUUGUAUAUUACUUGUAUAAGUAAGUACACUUGUGGUCUACUUGAGAUCUACUUGGGAAUUAUCAAAAUUUAUUGCAUCAAGUUUCUACAGAUAGCUUCAUCAUGUCAAUGAGGCCAGACGAUCACAGAAAAAAAUGGGACAGAGAGGAGUACGAAAAAAUAGCAUUGGCCCGCUUGCAAGCAGAAAUAGCAGAGGAAGAAUUAGGAUUACCCAAGCAACCAGCUGUCAAAAGGGAACUUUUGAAGCAAAGAGAUUAUAAAGUUGAUCUCGAAUCGAAAUUAGGAAAAAGUGUAGUUAUAAACAAAAACACACCUUCAUCUCAAAGUGGCGGAUACUAUUGCAAUGUAUGUGACUGUGUUGUAAAAGACUCAAUCAACUUUUUAGAUCACAUUAAUGGAACUAAACAUCAACGCAAUUUGGGUAUGUCAAUGAAAGUUGAACGUUCAACAUUAGAUCAAGUUAAAGCAAGAUUUGCUUUAAACAAAAAAAAACUGGAGGAGAAAAAAAAAGACUAUGAUCUGGAACAAAGAGUUAGAGAAUUGAAAGAAGAAGAAGAAAAAAUCAAAGAAUAUAGGAAAGAAAAAAGAAAAGAUAAGAAAAGAAAAAUAGACGAAACACUAAAUGAUGACGACGAUGGACCCAAGGAUGACAUGGCUGCAAUAAUGGGAUUUUCAGGAUUUGGAACAUCAAAAAAAAAAUAAUCUAUUAUAAAAUCGUUUUAGAUUAAAAAUUGUUUACGUAAUUAUAAAAAACCUGA